CUAUAGUAUUAACAUUUGUUAAAACACUGGUUAUUGAAAAAUAUCUUUUUUGUAAAUUUAUUUUUGCAGUGGUAGUUUUAGGAGUAUGAAAUGUUUGGAAAAUAUUGUGUUCAUUAAUCGUGGAAAGAAACUGAUUUUGCAUGGCUGAAACAAAGAUUUAUAAACUUUCCCAAUAUUAACAUUAGGACAUUUUUGUGUUUUGUGUUAUUGAUAUGGAAUGUAUGGUGAAAUUUCGUGUAGUAUUAAGAACAAGUUUAAUUUAUUAUGCUAAGUGGACUAAUUCUUUCUCUUUUUUUCUUUUUUUUUUCUCUUUUUUUUUUUCAUAAAAUAUUUCCGUAUUUGGGCUUAAAAUUUAGUUUUUAGCAGAGUUGUCGUUCUUUACAAUAUGGCUGAAAUAAAACCAAAUUUGAUGUCUCCAGUGGAAAAGCCACUUGAUACAGAUACACGCGAUGCUCUAACAGAAGGCUUGGUAGAACUUCUAAAGCCUGCAGUGGAUGAAAUAGAUGAACGGGUAAAAUGCGUUAGAGAAGGUCAGUUUGAAUUACGGCAACAGAUUGACAGUCUGGCAGAAGACCUAAAGAAGAUCGCAGAGAAUGGACAGAUGCCACUUGAUUUAGAGCCCUAUGUGAAAAAACUUAACACAUCUCGUAGAAGAGUGACUUUAGUUAACAACAUCUUACAAAACGUUCAGGUUGGUUCAGCAUCUCAGUAUGUUAAGUAAGUCAAGGGACCAAUUUGGGACUUAGCAGUUAUAUGUAUUCCCCACUUGUAUGUAGAUGUAAAAUAAAUUGGACAAAAAGUUACAUCCUUAUGGCUGACUUGUAUAUGUAAUUCUUUCUUUCCGGUAAUUUUUCACUUGAACCAAAACAUGGUUAGACUUGGGGGUUUAUUUGUAAAUUUGACCUAUUUGUAAUUGUGUACUUAAAAUAGUUUGGACAGUCUGCCACAUUUACCUGUUCAAGACUUCCAGUAGUUAACUUGUGGUGGGAGAGAGGUUUUAAAAGUGAAUCUGUAUUAUUGUACUAAGAUACCAUUUGUGUAUUUUAAAUGAUGUCAGUUAAGCAGCCCUCACAUAUCAGUUGCAGCAUUUUCGCGAGGCGUCCGGCCGGCCGGUGCCCGAUUUCUACAGGCUCAGCUGCAAUUUUUAGGGGUCACCCAGAUCCCACGGGCGUGAAAACCGGUGAUCUGGCGGCCGCCUGGAGAUUUUGACGAAAAUUAUUGGGGGGAAAAUCCGCCAGACACCGUGGGAUUUUCACGGAUCCCGGGUGAUUUGUAAAACAUCGGCUGGGUGCCCCGCUGGUCCCGACUGCCCCCCCUCCCCGGCAGCUUCUAAAUGGCCCCCACAACUUUAUACAACGCAUUUAUAUAUACUUGAGGCGCGGAUGCCGGGGGGAAGCCCGACAUCAAUCACCAGUCGCCUGACCGGACUCUGCCAGUACGCCUACUGACUUGGCACCCGCCAGAUUAUCCUGGUGGCCACACUGUCUCCACUGUGAUCCAAUGUUCAAAGGGCACCGCCCAGGCCCCGUCUAAUAUGUGAGGGCACACGCCACAGACAUGAAAUUCGCCUGAUUCAUCCACGGGCUCUAAAUCCCCCGACUCCUGCGAUUAGAAAAAUCGCGCGGAUGCCGGCUAAUAUGCGAGGGCCCCUUUAAGAAUAAUGUUAGAUAUGAAG